GCGGGGACGCGGGGACGCGGGGACGGCGGGGACGGCGGGGACGGCGGGCGCCCCCGGGCGCGGCGGGCGGCGCCGGGCGAUGCGGAGCCGCCGCGGCGGCGCGAUCGGCGCGUCCGGACCGGCCCCCGCGAGGUCCACCAUGGAGCCCAUCUCACCGCUUCUGCUGGCCAGCUUUAGCCUGCCGCUCGCCAAGGCCCUCAACGGAAACGAGACCAGCACGGCCAACGGCAGCUGGAACACCGGCACCUCGGGCCCCCCGGAGCCCGGCGCCCCCCUGCCGCCGCUGGCCUGGCUUCUGCUGCCGCUGCUGCUCUGCGCGCUGGCCCUGGCCCCCGCCGCCUACUUCUGCAGGUUCCGGAAGCACAGGAAAGCCGUGGUCAGCGCUGGCGACAAGAAGCUGCCCAACGGCAUCCUGGAGGAGCAGGAGCAGCAGCGGGUGAUGCUCCUCAGCAGCUCCCCGUCGGGGCCCAGGAAGUCCUUCCCCAUCCCCGCCGCCCUCCUGGAGGAGGAGAUCCGCCUGCGCUCGGCCGACGACGGCAAGCUCUUCCGCGAGGAGUUCAACUCGCUGCCGUCUGGACACAUGCAGGGAACGUUCGACGUCGCCAAUAAAGAAGAGAACCGAGAGAAAAACCGAUACCCCAACAUCCUUCCCAAUGAUCUCUCCAGGGUGGUCCUGAGCCCCGUGGACGGGGUCCCUGGCUCCGACUACAUCAACGCCUCCUACAUCGACGGUUAUAAAGAGAAGAAUAAAUUCAUCGCCGCUCAAGGCCCCAAGCAGGACACGGUGGGCGAGUUCUGGAGGAUGGUCUGGGAGCAGAAGUCGGCCACCAUCGUGAUGCUGACGAGCCUCAAGGAGCGGAAAGAGGAGAAGUGCUUCCAGUACUGGCCCGACCAGGGCUGCUGGACCUACGGCCACAUCCGGGUGUGCGUGGAGGACUGCGUGACACUGGUGGACUACACGGUCCGCAAGUUCUGCAUCCAGUCGCAGCUCCCCGGCAGCUGCAAGGCGCCCCGCCUGGUGUCCCAGCUGCACUUCACCAGCUGGCCCGACUUCGGGGUGCCCUUCACGCCCAUCGGGAUGCUCAAGUUCCUGAAGAAGGUGAAGGCGCUCAACCCCGCCCACGCCGGGCCCAUCGUGGUGCACUGCAGCGCGGGCGUGGGCCGGACGGGCACCUUCAUCGUCAUCGACGCCAUGAUGGACAUGAUGCUCGCCGAGCAGAAAGUGGACGUCUUCGAGUUCGUGUCGAGGAUCCGUAACCAGCGCCCGCAGAUGGUGCAGACGGACAUGCAGUACACAUUCAUCUACCAGGCCCUGCUGGAGUUCUACCUGUACGGGGACACGGAGAUGGACGUGUCCUCCCUGGAGAAGCACCUGCAGGCGCUGCACAGCCCCGCCCCGCCCCGGGACAGGCUGGGGCUGGAGGAGGAGUUCCGGAAACUGACCAACGUGCGGAUCAUGAAGGAGAACAUGCGCACGGGCAACCUGCCGGCCAACAUGAAGAAGGCCAGGGUGAUCCAGAUCAUCCCCUACGACUUCAACCGCGUCAUCCUGUCCAUGAAGCGGGGCCAGGAGUGCACAGACUACAUCAACGCCUCCUUCAUCGACGGCUACCGGCAGAAGGACCACUUCAUCGCCACGCAGGGCCCGCUGGCGCACACGGUGGAGGACUUCUGGAGGAUGGUGUGGGAGUGGAAGUGCCACACGAUUGUCAUGCUCACGGAGGUGCAGGAGCGGGAGCAGGACAAAUGCUACCAGUACUGGCCCUCGGACGGCUCGGUCACCCACGGCGAGGUCACCAUCGAGACCCGGAGCGACACACUCUCGGAGGGCAUCAGCGUGCGGGACUUUCUGGUCACGUGCAAACAGCCUCCCGGCCGCCAGGAGGAGCAGCCCCGCCUGGUCCGUCAGUUCCACUUCCACGGCUGGCCCGAGAUCGGGGUGCCCGCUGAGGGCAAAGGCAUGAUCGACCUCAUCGCGGCCGUGCAGAAGCAACAGCAGCAGACGGGGAACCACCCCAUCACCGUGCACUGCAGUGCGGGCGCCGGGCGCACGGGGACCUUCAUCGCGCUCAGCAACAUCCUGGAGCGGGUGAAGGCCGAGGGGCUCCUGGACGUGUUCCAGGCGGUGAAGAGCCUGCGGCUGCAGCGGCCACACAUGGUGCAGACCCUGGAACAGUAUGAAUUCUGCUACAAAGUGGUACAAGACUUUAUCGAUAUAUUUUCUGAUUAUGCUAAUUUCAAAUGAAAACUCCUGCCUUAAAAUAUUUUUUAAUUUAAUGGUCAGUAUAUUUUGUAAAAAAAAAAAACAUGUUAAUUUAUUUCAUGGUUCACAUUAAUAGCUCCCUAAUUUCCUUGUA